CACCUGGUGCUGCUCCCAAUUAAAAAACACAUCUCUUCACGCCGAAGUAGGAGGAACAACCUUGACAAUUUUUCGCACUUCUUGUUCCCGUUUUUCACGUCACUCUAGUCUUCUUCUUUGGACUAGACUUGGUUGUUUAGUUAGACAAUUGGUAGUCUUAGUUUACUACAUAGCUCCUCUUUAACUAAUUAGCAAGUACUUUAAACUACAACCUUCGUUUAAUUGCUGCUGUUUAAACUGUCAACUGCAAAUUUUAUUCUUAUUUAUUGUCAAUAUUAUUGAUAUGCUGAUUUUGCGUGGGAUGAUGGCUUGUUGUUGUUGAGAUCAGUGCACCUCACAGUGAGUAACUAUGAACUGUUAACAUACACAUGCCAAACAUUGAUUGAUCUCUGUACAAAAAUACUAUUAUCGUGUCAGUAUGGCGUCGACAAUACUUCACCAAAGUUCGAAUGGAUUUUAUAAAGCUCCAGUGUGUAAAGGUUUAAUAGGAAGCAUGUUUCUUACAUGUACUGCAAUCAAUAUUCCGAUGCUUGCCCAUCUUCGUCAGUAUUUAUUAUGUGAAGUUCCAUCCGUACUCAUGACCAAGAGUGCUUGGCGAAUCCUUUUCAAUCGACUCACAUUUGUCUACUCCAAAGACAUAAUUUGCUCUGCUCUAGUUAUUUAUUAUUUUAGAAUAUUUGAAAGAAGGAUGGGGUCCAGAAAGUUCUCUUCGUUUUUACUGGGGUCGUGCACAACUGCCACUAUGUUGGAAAUUUGUGUAAUUUUGCUACUGAAAUUCUUUGAUGUCCAAUCUAUAUACUCCAACCAACUUACGCCAGGACUAUAUGGAUUUAUAUUUCCGCUAUACGUCUACUACUUUUUCGACAUUCCAAGGAUUUCAGCAACCUAUUUUUGUGGCAUCCCGUUUACUAGUAAAACAAUCACGUAUCUGUUGGGGCUUCAAAUUGCGUCUACGUCAACAGCCACUGCUUUAUCAUCAAUCUGUGGCAUCGCCGCUGGACUGUUAUACAGAUACAAUUUCUUAAACGUGCAAAAGUGGCUAGUCGUUCCUGAGGUGGUUGGAAAAUUAUGUGAUAAAAUAUUUGGGUGGCUCCUUCUAUCCAGCGAGCCAAAGUAUCGUCAAAUGGGAGCUACUGUUGAAUUGCAACGCCAAGAACAAGCAGACAUAUGGGAACAACAGUAUGCGUACAAUCAUACACCAGACUUUCGUCAGGCACGAGGACAAGGAUUCGCAGAAAGACUGGUUGAUGAUCAGCCGGAUGAGGGUUUAGCCGGAUUCUUCUUCCGAAGAAGAGGGCCAAAUUUAGGAAAUAGUGAACCCUCUCCAGAAAAUGUCAGCAUUUUAGUUGAGAUGGGAUUUGAACAGAGUCGAGCUAUAGAAGCGCUUAGAUCAUCAAACAAUGAUUUGGAGAGUGCGACUAGUAUUCUGUUACGUCAGUAAUUUGAUGUGAUUCAAUCAUUGUUAUUUUAUACGAAUUUGAGCGUUAAUUUAUAUCAAAGUUAACGAAACUAUUGCAUAAUCAAAACUAGUUUUGGUUUAAGGCAACAUUUGUAUGUCAAUGUAUGUAGGAUAGUUAGUUAUACAUGCAGUGUUAUUUAAAUGUUGUAAUUAAGUCGUCUUGUUUAAGGGUGCUUGUACUUUUACUGAUGAAAGUAUCUGUUUGUGAUGUAUUCCUGUAUGAAUAAUAUGAUGAAUGUUGUAUGAUCCCAUAUAAAUAAUAACUAAUAGUUGAACUAUGUAACAAA